AUGCCCCCAGAAGAUAUGGCCCAGCCGGACUUUGCCUACAGACCAUCAGCCAUGUCCAACGGACCGUGGAACUCGACGCGGAGUUCAAUGUACAAUGACACAUUCCCACCCUCCGGAGGAUUUGAGAACGGCUACUACCGUUCAUCGAGUGUGUCCAAUUACUCUCCCGGAGCCAGUAGCUACAACCUGCCGAUUGGAACCAAUCCCCAUGCUGCUGCCGCUGCUGCCCCGGUGUACGGCUCUCGGCCAGCAUCUGGAACGUACGGCACCAGUAGUGCCGGUGGUUAUGGCUCGUACAAGAGUACAGCUUCUCAGGCCUGGGACCAUCAGGAAAGAUACUCCCCGACGGAUUCAGUCGACGACAUUAUCGCCUCUCCGAACCUUUCUGACUACUCCCUCGAGAAUGGAGCCGGCGCGACGCCUCCAAGCAAGGGUAAGGUGAACGGCAAGGGUCGGCCUCAGCGCCGACCAUCAAACCGGGACGAGUUCGAUGGUCCGCACCAGUUUCUCGCUCGCCCCCCGCCAGAGUACAUCGCCAUGCAAGAGCGCGAGCUUCCUCACCUCCCCACGAAUUUGCACGUCCAAGAGCAGGACAUGGUCCUCACACAGGUCAACGACCGCCUCUCCCAGUGCGCCUACGACUUUGUUGCGAAGUACCAGUUCCCUAUUCCCUUGACACAAGACAUGAGGCCCGUUGAGCGACCUCAGGACAGGGAAUGGACAGAAUGGGUGUACUUGUUGAAGCGUCUGGCAACCAAGCGACGUAUUCCGGCGCGAGUGCUGUACAACGGCCAGAUUAAGCAGUUUGUUACGAUUCUCGAGAACUCGCUAGAGAUGCGACAUGCAGCCAAGCAUCAAAGUCGUCCGCUCAAGGACGACCGCAACAUCCUACAGCUCAUCUCGGCGGGCAUCCAGGUGGCUAAAAUACUCAAGGACGCGAGCGCCAUGGAUUACCUCGACCGACUAUACGUUUCCACGGAGAAGCAAAUCCAGGACCGUGCCGCGGCACGAUUCAGGAGCUAA